UACUAUGUCAGAUGAUGAGAUUAGAUAAUAGCAAAAUCUACUUAUAUAUAUCAGCACAUUGGGAUUUCUACGCCCAAAAAUAAACUUACUAUAUCUCAGCAACUUCUCUACGCAAUCUCACCAAAGACCCAUUUUCAAGACGGAUUCAAUUUCUUUUCGUUUUUGGAUCAGGGUGAGCCUGUGGCUUGACAAGUAUAGCUGCUAGUUUUUCAUUCAACCAGUGUAUUUUUCAAGUUUUAUAGUGCUAUCCGCUGUUUCAUACGUUAUUUUGGAGCCUUUGUAUGAGUGUUUGCCUUGUGAUUUGCUUUAUAGAGUUGAGUAAAGAUUCAGUCAUUUUCGAAAUUGGUAACAGAAUUAGAGAUUCCGAAGCUCAGUAGGGAAUAUACUUAGAGGUCUUCCUCUUGGUAAGUAUAAAUGCAGUUGAAUGAUUAUUUGCCCGAAAAAUCUGAAUGUGUUUUUGACCAAGUAUACUCUGUUAUUGUUCGUUCUUAUGUUUAUUUGGUAUCAAUAUGUGAUCACAUAACUAUGAUUGCUGUCUUGCACUAGCAUUAAGCUCUGUUUUUGGUAGGUUAUUUAUUUUGUUUGAAAUGUUCCACAUGAUCCUUUAAGGUGAAGUAUAUCAACUAUUUUGUUUGCUAAACUAAUACUGAUUAUUAUAUUUGGUUAAUACCUUGUGGGCUCUUAUCUUUCUGUUUAAGACUCAAAAAGAAUUGAUUCAGUACCAAUAAAUUUUUCUUUCUGGAUUGUUUUCAUUCAGUAUGUUUUUUAGAAGCUUCGUUUUGUGAUCAAUUCUUUUCCCAUGCAUUAUUAGUUUGUAACUGUUUUGGUGAUCAUAACUUUUUACAUGCUUCGACUUCAUUAAGAGAAACUUUACUCACUUGAUAAGUUUCUCUUGAAACUUCGAUAUAAGGGGGACUGUAUUUUUAGUCCUAUUAAGCAUAGUGAUAGUCAUUUGAUCUAAAGCUAAAUUUAAGGGGCAGAUCAAGGCCUUCAGUCAUCGAAAGGUAAUUUUUGAAGAAACAAAUAUGGGUUAAGUUGUGAGAUUUUCCUUGGAUUUAUAUGACCAACUAGCUCAUGUAUAAGGGGUGACAGGCUUGCAUCAACUCGGUGAUUGGUUGGGAAAGGAUAGCUUCACCAUUCUGUAUUUUUUCAAGAUGGCUGGUGUCAAACGAAGAUUAUAUACUGAUUCAGAUAUCCGUGGUCUUCACAAAGAACUGGAUGAAAUUUCUUGCCCUAUCUGCAUGGAUCAUCCCCAUAAUGCUGUUCUCCUCCGUUGCAGCUCUCAUGACAAGGGUUGCAGAUCCUACAUUUGUGAUACAAGCCACAGGCAUUCAAAUUGCCUGGACCGGUUUAAAAAAUUAAAAGCCAAUACCACAAACAGUCCAACCGAACCCAGUUCUUUGUCUUUAAACUCGUACAGUUCUUUCAAUACUUAUGGUACGAACACACCUUUGAGACCAAAUCUGAAUGAGGGUAAUGAUAUUCUCAAUCUAAAUGAAAGCAAUGCUGUUAUAUCUGUUGAUUUGCAUGAAGAACAACCACAAGAAAAUAACAACACUCAAGGUCCAAAUAGUAUUUUAGAUACACAGGAAGGCAUUGUGGAAGCAGUCGAAUCUGAGUCUUUUAGAGAAAGGGUUGAACUUGAUGAGUUAGAUGUGGAGAAUUCUUCGGAGCCCAAUUUGAGCUUGAAAUGUCCUUUGUGCAGAGGAGAUGUGCUUGGCUGGGAUGUCGUAGAAGAAGCAAGAAAGUACCUCAACUCGAAGAGACGAAGUUGCUCCCGUGAAACAUGCUCCUUUUCAGGUAACUACCAAGAGCUCCGCCGCCAUGCCCGGCGCAUUCAUCCAGCCACACGACCUUCAGAUAUUGACCCAUCUCGAGAACGAGCCUGGAGGCGCCUUGAGCAUCAGAGAGAACUCGGUGACGUGGUCAGUGCUAUUCGCUCGGCAAUGCCAGGUGCUGUUGUCGUAGGGGACUAUGUCAUUGAAAAUGGAGAUCGGCUAGCCGGCGAGAGGGCUACUGGAACAAGUGAAGCUAACGGGCCAUGGUGGACUACUCUGUUUCUGUUUCAAAUGAUUGGUUCAAUGGACAAUGGUGGGGAGUCCAGACCAAGGCCUAGAGCAUGGACUAGGCAUCACCGUCGUUCAGGUGGGGCUGUAACUGAUCGCCGGUUGAUUUGGGGUGAGAAUCUUUUGGGUCUUCAGGAUGAUGAAGAGGAGGAUGAGGAGGAGGAGGACCUGCAUGUUUCGAGCGACGCUGGUGAUGAUACCUCUCCAGUUCCCAGGAGACGUAGGCGUUUGACAAGGUCGAGAUCAGAUGAAGAUCAACCAUGAUAGUGAAGCCAUUUUUCCCUAUCGCUG